UUCCCUGCCUCCCCAGCCUGUCUCCUUUGAUCCCUUUGGCCGGGGUCAGCAGGCCCCAAGAGGCCCCGCCCCCUUGCCUGUUUGAGGGGGGGAUUGGGAAAGAGCCCGAGAGCUGCGGACUGGAUCUUUUGUGCCUGCGAGCCAGGGUAGGGGGUAGAUUGCCUUCGCCCAGCCGCCCCCCCUUCCCCAGCUGCCUAGCUUGAAGCCUGUGAGCUGUGAGAUUUGGUGGGCACGGGGAGAAAACUAGCCCGAAGAAGUGUGUUGAGUUGAAACCAGGCUGAGCAGAGCGGAGUCGAGGUGAAACUUGAGUCAAGGUGGCUGGGCGGGCAGGCAGGGCGGGAGGCGGGGCAGGAUCCUGCCUGGACGGGCUGAGCGCUUUCAGGAAGAAUCGGUGGUGCGGCCGGGCGGGCCAGGCCGGACGGGGCAGGACAGGGAACGAGUGGCGCAGGUGAGAGCGGGAGGGCGCCUCACAGAAGGGCCAGCAGGGCGGGCCAGUGCUGCCUCGACGGGGCGGCCGCGGCCGCGGCACUGGGCAGCCCCAGCCCCAGCCCCAGCCCCAGGCUCGCUCCUGCCUCCCUCUCUCCCCUGGGUCUAGGAUGCCGCCUGCUGCCCCGGGCCGGGCCGUCCCGCCCUGAGCUGGCCAUGCUGCCCCGGUGGCGGGGGCGGCUGAAGGCGCUAGGGGCCAGUCUCCUGCUGCUGCUCCUGCUGCUGCUGCUGCUGUCCGGCCUCUACCUGCUCAGCGGGGACCUGGCGUAUGGCCGCCUGCUACUGCCUUCCCCUUGCUCCAGAGGGGCCCUUUCGGGACUGGGGGCUCAGGUUAGGGCUGUGGAGGAGGAGAAUCGGCAGCUUCGGGAGGAGCUCCGGCGCUGGGGGGCCCCGGGGAGACUUCCCUCGGAGCGCAGCGGAGAGCGCGACCUGACGUGGGGCCGCACGGCCUGUGGUCAGCAGCCCACAGUAGGGAAAUGCGAGCUCCUGCAUGUGGCCAUCGUGUGUGCCGGGCACAACUCCAGCCGUGAUGUGGUCACUCUGGUCAAGUCCAUCCUCUUCCACAGGAAGAACCCUCUGCACUUCCAUCUGGUAACGGAUGCUGUGGCCCGAAACAUCCUGGAAACCCUCUUCCACACUUGGAUGGUGCCCUCUGUCUUCAUUAGCUUCUACAAUGCUGAUGAGCUCAAGCCUGAGGUUGCCUGGAUCCCCAAUAAGCACUACUCAGGCAUCUACGGACUCUUGAAGCUGACCCUCCCCCAUGCGCUGCCCCCCACCCUGACCCGUGUCAUCGUCCUCGACACUGAUAUCACAUUUGCUUCUGACAUCGCUGACCUGUGGGCUGUCUUUGCCCAAUUCUCAGACAAGCAGGUGAUUGGGUUGGUGGAAAACCAGAGUGACUGGUACCUAGGGAAUCUCUGGAAGAACCACCGACCCUGGCCUGCCUUAGGCCGUGGCUUCAACACAGGGGUGAUCCUUCUGCAUCUGGAUCGACUGAGGCAGGUGGGCUGGGAGCAGAUGUGGAGGCUGACCGCUGAACGAGAGCUGCUGACCAUGUUGGCCACCUCUCUGGCUGACCAGGACAUUUUCAAUGCUGUAAUCAAGCAACACCCUUGGUUGGUGAAUCCUCUGCCAUGUUCCUGGAACGUGCAGCUUUCAGACCACACCCGGGCUGAGCAAUGCUACUCGGAGGCGUCUGACCUCAAGGUGAUUCACUGGAACUCACCAAAGAAGCUUGGGGUUAAGAAUAAGCAUGUAGAAUUCUUCCGAAAUCUCUACCAGACCUUCUUGGAAUAUGACGGGAAUCUGCUGCGGAGAGAGCUCUUUGGCUGCAUUAGUGGUCCCCAGACCGAGCCGGGCCAGACAAGGCAAGCGCUGGUGGAGCUGGAGGAGGAUGAUGCCUGCUACGAAUUCCGUCGGCAGCAGCUCGCCAUCCACCGUGUCCACCUCACCUUCUUGCCCUAUGACCCUCCUGCCCCCCACCCCCAUGAUGUCACCCUGGUAGCCCAGCUGUCCAUGGACCGAUUGCAGAUGUUGGAGGCCCUCUGCCGCCACUGGCCGGGCCCCAUGAGCCUGGCCCUGUACCUGUCGGAUGCGGAAGCCCAGCAGUUCCUGCACUUUGCACAGGCCUCCGAGGUGCUGUCUGCCCGGCGGGAUGUGGCCUACCACAUUGUGUACCGAGAAGGGCCCCUCUACCCCGUCAACCUGCUUCGGAACGUGGCUCUGGGCCAGGCCCACACUCCCUAUGUCUUCCUCAGUGACAUCGACUUUUUGCCAGCCUACUCCCUCUAUGACUACCUCAGGACCUCCAUCAAGGAGCUGGGCCUGGCCACCCGCAAAGCUGCUCUGGUGGUGCCAGCCUUUGAGACCCUUCGCUAUCGACUGAGCUUCCCCACCUCCAAGACUGAGCUGCUGUCCCUGCUGGAUGCCGGCUCCCUCUACACCUUCAGGUACCAUGUCUGGCCCCGAGGGCACGAGCCCACUGACUAUACCCGUUGGCGGGAGGCCCAGGCUCCCUAUCGCGUGGAGUGGGCAGCUGACUAUGAGCCCUACGUGGUGGUCCCCCGGGACUGCCCGCGCUAUGAUCCCCGGUUCGUGGGCUUUGGCUGGAACAAGGUGGCCCACAUAAUGGAGCUGGAUGCACAGGAGUAUGAGUUCUUGGUUCUGCCCGAGGCCUUUGCCAUCCACUUGCCCCACGCGCCCAGCCUUGACAUCUCCAGGUUCCGCUCCAGCCCCACUUAUCGCCGGUGCCUCUGGGCCCUCAAGGAUGAAUUCCACCAGGACCUGUCCCGCCGCUAUGGCUCGGCUGCCCUCAAGUAUCUCACAGCCCAGCGGCAGCUCUGAGGGGGGUCUCCUGGCAGUACCCUUUCAGGACGGGAUCCUCUUCCUGAGCCUGAGGGGGUCACCUUCCCCUCUGAGAGGGGCUGGGUAGGGUCCUGGGUAUUUUGGCUGCCCAGGGGAGGGUUUGGAGGCUGGGGGGGUCCCUCAGGAAGGACUCCAGACUAGACGCUCCAGACACUGGAAUGAGGCCUUGGGUCCUGGGGUCUCUACUUAAGUUAUUUAAGGUGAUUUGGGUGGCUCUGAGGCUGGGUGGGAGGGGAGUUGUUGGCGUUUGAGGGGUUGUUACUGCAGCUCUCACUGUCAUGAUGUCCAACCUCACUGCCACCAGCCAUGAUGGGGCUGGCCUCCCCACUCUGUGCUGGACUUUUGUAAUUAAAGCAGCUUUUUUAUUCUU